CGUGGAAUGGCUGGUGGGUUUGAACCACUAACCUUUCGGAUAGCAGCCAAGCACUUAACCACUGCACCACCAUGGCUCCUUUACUGCCAUGGUAGAUAACUAUUGAUAGGUAAGAUGCUCCUAGGUAAGGUUUGAAGCUAAUUUCCAUCUCCUCCCUCCCCAAUAAAACUAAUUCUAACAUAGCUCAUAUAGCAUGCUGCUAUAGAAAGACUUGAAGGCAGUAUAUUAUAAAAUAUUCUUAAGGAUCCAAAAGGAAGUUCUCGUACUGCUUGUAUCAUUCUAAUUUUAUUGCCACCAUCAUUAUGAAUAAAGUCUGGGAUGAAUGCAUUAAAACAGAGGAGAAGGAAAUGAAAGACCAAAAAUGUACGUUUAAAUCAGUAUGGGCUUGUACAUGUUAUUGUGUCUUAAAUCCUUUUUGUUUUAAAGCAGGUAUGUAUGAAUAAAUAGUAAGAUGCAUACUGUUUUUCAAAAAGUUUAUCUUGCAUAAGAUUAUCAAUGUGUAGAUUUUUUAUUGAAGGUUCAAAGUAGAAUUGAACUUUUUUGUUUUGUUUUGAAAGUAGAUAUUUUGAGUGUUGUGGCCUUUUUUAUUUGUGCAUAUCAGAUGCCCACUAUAGUUGUUACUUUUGGAUUGUUGUAAUAUCAUGUCCGUAUAUCAUCUAAUAUCUCUUUGCCCUUUUAAUAAUGUCUAAGCAUUUGUACCGGCGAUAUACUUGGUAAAGUGGUUUUGCAUCCUCACGUUAAAAUUACAUUUUUAAGGUGGCAAUUGACAUUGUUGUUUCCAACUGUCAACAGAUUUGGUCUUUCAGAUAAUCACCAUGUAGUUUAAAAAACUAAUUAUUAUUAUUUGUAAUUAACAUAAAAAAUGUUUCUUAGACAAUACCUCCUAGCAUCUUCUAAAUUUAAUCUUUUCAAGAAUAAGAUCUCUAUCCUAGAAGUGAGCACUUUAUAACUCAUAGAUUUGGGGCUGGGAACCUAGUUAUCUAAACUCUAAAAAAUAAAUGGGAAUGGAUGAUCUUUUAGAUCACAGAGGGAGAGCUUGUCCCCAGGUCAGUAAUAACACCUCCCAACCAUUAAGAUCCAUACUACUUAAAACACCAUGUCUGCGCCCUAGCUUGCCACAUGGCAGGAGAGUUAGAAAGGUGUGGACAUUAAAAAAGACCCAGAAAAUUAUUCAAUAAGAUUAUUUUAAGAGAUAUUUCAAUUUGAUGCUAUUUCUCUUAGACAUGGUGGGACAAAUAAAGGGGUUAUUGCCAGGGAAGUCAGAGGUAGAUUAAAGAAUUAAUGUGUAGAGUUGAAUUAUUGCAAUAUCUAUGUAAACCUGUGUUUUGUAUCCAUAUUUAUGACGUAUGCAAAGAUCUACAUUCUCAGGUUACAUUACUGUACUUGCCUGCAUCCAACACUUAAAUCUCAACCACAAAGAUAAACACGGAAUGGUGUUGCUGUAAAUUUAAUUUAAAUUUUAAAACCCUAAGUAUGAUGAAAAUGUUGUAGAAUUAGGUAGUGGUGAUAGUUGCACAACUUUGAGAAUAUACUAAAAACCACUGACUUGUACAAUUUAAAAAGGAGAAUUUUAAGAUACAUGAAUUGUAUCUCACUUUAAAAAAAAAAAAGGCAAAAUGUUCCAAGGGGACUGCCAUCUAGCCUACCAUCUUCCUUUCAUGAACCCCACUUCACACCAGAGAUACCUGUGCUGAAGCCAUACCUGUGGCAGGGAGACCUUCCUGUUAAAGGGUGAGAGGCCAACAUAGGUGUGUUAUUCAUUGAUUUUCAGCGGCAAUUAUUAAGAAUAUAUAUAUAUUGUACAUUGUUGGUGGUGUUGUGUGCUGUUGAGUCCAUUCCAACAUAGUGACCCUAUAGGACAGAGUAGAACUGCCCCACUGGGUUUCCAAGGCUGUAAUCAUAAGGGAGCAGAUAACCAGGACUUUUCUACCAUGGAGCUGGUACUGAGUUCUAACCACUGACCUUUCAGUUAGCAGCCAGGUGCUUUAACCAUUACAUCACCAGGGCUCCUCACACACACACACGUAGAUAGGUAAUGCACUUAUAUACACACUGCCUGUGCUACCUGGGCUUGGCAUUAGUUUGUAUUUGAAACUCAGUAAGCCCCAUAAUGACCCCUUGCAACCUUUGGUAUACUCCUUCAGUUUAUCUUCAUAAUUACAUUUCAAGAGACAGAAAGGAAAGCUUUAUUUGAGGAAGAAUAUAGAAUAUUUAUUCUAAACUUCUUUUAUCAGCCUUAACUUGGACCUGGCCAAAUUUGUGUAGUAUUUUUUUUAUCUAAUCUAAUAUUUUGGUUCAUAAAGCCAUUUCUUGAUUUCCAAUGAAGUGAAAUGCAGGAUAAAGAUCAGUCUGUAGAAAUACAUUGUGUGCAUUUUCAUUUUGGUGCAGGUCCUCAGAAAAUACACAUUCGUGGAUGUUCUAGUACAUUUUUUAAAUUAGUAACCAGCCCCCAAAUAAGCAGUUACCAAUUCAGAAAUUAAAAUUUUAUUUCCUAUUUUAAGGAGAGAUGAAUUGUUUCCAUGGGGGUGGGGGGAAUCAAUUUUUUAGUGAUAUAAAUUUAUUGAUGGUUUUUUUUAGACAAUGGCAGCCUUCACCUGGCUCUGGAAGAUGAUAUGCUUUUCUUUCUUUAAUUAAAGAACUACUUACACAAAUGCGGUUGAGCCUUGAAAAGCACAGCUAAUUAAUUAAAUUCGAUUAAUCUCCCAAAGCAUAAUGAAGGUUAUGUUAUUACCUGUUCUAGAUGGGGAAAUCCUAGAAAGUAUCUGAAAUACUUAAACUCUCUUGGGUUUGGGACAUGGAUCAUAUUAUAAAUACAUAAUUUCUAAUUAUUUUAUCCAUGCUCAGUAUAAUUAAAUUUAGAAUGUUUUAACUUCUUUCUUGAGGUUAGACAUAGUAAUUUUUUUAAUCAAAUGUAAUUCAAACAGAAAGAAGAUGAUAUUCCCUCGUCAAGUUUACUCAAAGUUCUUGCACAUUCUGAUACUUGUAGAGCAAUUAUCCCUGCAUGUAAUUUAAAAUUAAACCAUUAUGCAUGGAAAAAAUACUACAAACAAAAUAUUUGAAAUAAAGCUUAAUUGUAUUUGUAUUAUUUGCCAUCCUUAUAUAUCUAGUGAAAUAUUUUAGAGCAAUCAUCACAGGUUUGUUUUUUUUUAAAUCUUGACAAGUGAAGAAGUUUAAAUUAUGUUAAAUUUCUUACCUGGGAAGGGGGAGAUUGAGAUUUCUUUCUUACUGGGUUGGACCCUUUCUUACUCAGGGAAGUCAAGAUAAGUGAACCUAUCUUUAAAAAAUGUUUUCUACCAAGGAAAAUAAACUUAUAUUUUAUUAUUUUUCCACAUCACAGAGACUCUUGCUGGCUUUUGGAAAUAUAUAUUUUGUGAAUAAUAUGCUUUUGAUAAAUACUAAUAGACAAGAGGAUGGUAUCAAUUCUGCUUGUGAUAACUUGAUGAUAAACUUCAGAAGGCCACCACUCUUUCUUUUUGAGCUUGGAUAACCUGAUGAAUUCAGUGUUGUGCAUGGUGAAGUGUGCAAACCUAAGCCUUCUUGAGGCUUCUCUAGCAACUUAGCUAAGAAGGAGCAGGUGGUUUCUGGCCAUACCUGUCCGCUGACGUAGUUAUACUUAACACAUGGAGGAGAUAUAAGUGUUAAUUAAGUACAUGAAAAUUUUCUAAGUAUGUUUAUUGAUGAUGUUCAGAAUUAAUUCUCCAAAAAUUUUCUUCAAUUUUUAGUAAUUUUGUUUCCUAUUAAUGUAGUGAUACUAAGAAAAAUAUGUCACACUGAAAUGUUUUUACAUCUUCUGUAAUCCAUUUACUUUUUUAAAAGUUUGAUUUGUAUGCUAGAGUAGAGCAGGGAUCUGCAAACUAUGGUCUGUGGGCCAAAUCUAGCUUGCUGCCUGUUUUUGUCAGUAAAGUUUUAUUGGAACACAGCUACACCCAUUUGUUUUCUUAUUGUCUAUGGCUGCUUUUGUACUAUGAGUUGAGUAGUUUCAGCAUAGACCUUAUUGCCUGAAAAGCCUAAAAUAUUUACUGUCUGGCCCUUUACAGAAAAAGUUUGCCAACCUCUAUUCUAGAGUGUAAUCUAAGAUUGUUUUUAAAAUGUUAAAUGCAAUCUGGCUUGCCAACAGUUAUUACAAGAUUUUGUUUUUAGUUUGACAUUUAAAAUUUUUUUAAAAAUUCACCAGAAAGAUAAAAUUGGAUGUAUGGGAUAGGGAAGGAAGCAAGAAACAGGGCUUUAAAUAUGCAGAUUUUCUUUCUCGAAUCUUCAUUUACAGACAGUGCAGACAUUUAAACAUUUCAUCUGUAGGCAUUUGUCUUUGUAUGUCAAAUAAUUGUCAGCAUAAAAUGUGAAUACGUUGAUUAUCAUCUCAUUUUUGAAGGCGGUGUCCAAAAAAAUAUGUGACAGUUAGUGUGUUGUUGGUUAAUAAAAUUGCACUGAGUCUUUUAGGAAAACAUUUUCUCCUGACCCUUGCAUGUCUUUAAAAACAUGUGCCAAGAAUUCAACAUAGCAACAGACGACACACCCAAAAUAUUGAACUAGGGUUUAUAGAGCUACCUCAUUCCCCAUCAUUUUUUCCUGUAAAGCUCAGUCUAUUUUGACUGCCAGUUCACAUUUCUCUGGUUUCUCAUCUUGGAAUAAAUGACAUUCACCAUUCCUUGUACUGCUUUACCCAAACUUCAGCCCCAAGACAGACACAAAUCAGACCUGGGAUCAGUUUUUCUUUUGCAUUUCUCUACCCAGUAAUCUCAUCCUGUUGCCUAAACUUGAACUAUUUUGCAAAGUUUCUGACCUUGUCAUCUAAGGCAGUUCCUUCCUCCCAGCUUUAAUAACAGUAUAAACAACUCACACUGUAGUUGCUAAUAGUUCCACAUUUUCAUCUGUCAUGCGAACUGCAAAUAGCAGUGUAGAGGGGGUGGAGUCUUAGAGUAUCAGUCUUCCUGAGUUGAGACUUGCCCACUGGUUGCCUUAAGUAUACUUUCUUCAGUCAAGUGUUUGCAGCCAUAGAGAGAACCUGGAGUGUAUGACUAAGGAAAAACAAAAUAACAAAAUAGCAUUAACAAGUGUCUGUUUUUGUUCUUGCCAUUUCCUAACUGUAUUAGUAGGUGUACAAUUUCAUUGGAUAUUUUUUUUUCAAUUGUCUUUGUACCUAUGAUUGAAAACAGUAGUUGGUCUAUGACUUUUGAGGAGAGGGAGAACCGGAGGUUACAGGAGGCCAGCAUGAGGUUGGAGCAAGAAAAUGAUGACCUUGCCCAUGAGCUAGUAACCAGCAAAAUCGCUCUGCGGAAUGACUUGGACCAGGCAGAAGACAAGGCAGAUGUAUUGAAUAAGGAACUCCUCCUGACCAAACAGAGGCUGGUGGAGACUGAGGAAGAAAAGAGGAAGCAAGAGGAAGAAACUGCCCAGCUAAAAGAAGUCUUCAGGAAACAGCUGGAGAAGGCAGAAUAUGAAAUAAAGAAAACUACAGCUAUCAUUGCUGAGUAUAAACAGAUCUGUUCUCAGUUAAGUACUAGGCUGGAGAAACAGCAGGCAGCCAGCAAGGAAGAGCUGGAAGUGGUAAAGGGUAAAAUGAUGGCAUGCAAACACUGCAGUGACCUUUUCAGCAAGGAGGGCGCUCUGAAACUAGCUGCCAUAAGCAGGGAGAACCAGGGAAUCGAUACGGAUGAUGAGAAGGACUUGCUUAAGAAGCAGCUGAGAGAGAUGGAGCUGGAAUUGGCACAAACCAAACUGCAGUUGGUGGAGGCCAAGUGUAAAAUCCAGGAACUUGAACAUCAGAGAGGAGCCCUUAUGAAUGAAAUCCAGGCUGCAAAAAACUCUUGGUUUAGCAAAACCCUGAACUCUAUCAAAACAGCCACAGGCACCCAGCCACUGCAGCCACCACCGCAGGCCACCCAGCCACCAAAGGAGAGCGCAUAGUUCCAGCCCCAGCCAAGCACAAGAGCACAAUGAUCAAGCAACGGAAAUCCGGGAGGAUUCUUCCUGGUGUCCCUUUGAAGGAAAGUAAAGGAGGCCAGAAAGCAAGCCAGAAUCUUUCAGUAGCUCUCUCUUUCUUGUAUCACACUUUUCAAAGGGACGUUAAACUCACCUGAUUUAUGUUGAAUAUCUAUUUUCCAGUUUCUUCAUGGAAAGCCAUGUUCAGAUACUUCAUAGUAUUAUACAUUAUUUUACAUGCUUGGAUGUUUAGUUGAAAAUAAGUAAUUCAGAACUAGAUGCUUUUUAUUUAGAACUAAUUAUUUGUAAUUAUUUUUAUCUUGCAUAAAAAUGGAGAUACCCGUUCAAGGUUGAAGUGAUAGGAAGAUCUUUGUCACGGCCAAAAAAAGAUUGAAACCUAAGCCUCUUUCUUUUUAGGAUUUAUUCAGAGAAAGCACACUUUGGGGCCAGUCACGACCACUGUCAGGUUUCUACCUGAAAGUGAUUCCCAGGCUAGGAAUUGUCCUGUUGGAUUGAACAGACCCCGAAGAGAAUCAGUUGUUUUCAGUUUCUGUUGGGUACACCUGGAAACGAAGUGCCAAGGGCCUUGGAAUGGAUGGGCUGUUGAGGAACACACUAGGUAGAAGGAACUGAGAUCUUUACAAACGCAGGGUAAAAUUCAUCAUUUUGGCCCUGGUACCCUAACAGGUCCUUUUAAGAACUCUACAUGGGAACUGCAAGUGCCUCAGUAUGCCUAAGUGUGGACACAGUUCACACUGACUGGCAAACAUAAAGUCAGAGGUGGGUGUUGUGAGUUGCAGACUUUGGGAACCUUUUCCCAAGAAGCCUAGAAAGACCAGGUUCAGCCGUAGUGCUCAGAAUGGAUAAAUUGUUCCAAAUGAAAAUACGUGGGAAUACAGAACCAGGGACAGAGUAUUCCAUUUAAUGUUGACAUAUACUUGCUAAGAAAACACUAACAUGCAUAACUUUGUUAAAAGACAUAAUACUGAAAUGGGAAAUAGAGGUCAGCUUCACAUCAUCUUAAUGUUCGGCAGCUUUUCCUGAUUUCUGUAUCUCCCUAAAAAUGUGCCCUUAGUACUCUGAUGAAGAGAUACAAAUGUAUUUGUAACAUUUUUGAUUGAAUAUAAAAUCUUUAUAGAAAUACUCAUCUCGUGGAAGGGUAAAGCUAUUAUUUAAAAAUUGAUGGAAAUAUUUUGAAUUAUAUUUAACGUGUAUAAAAAUGUCCUUGCAGGAAAUCUUUUGGUAAGGUCAAACUAAUUUUCCCAUUUUCUAAGCUAUUUUUGAGGUCUCUGGUCCUUUUACAUUAACCAAACUACUAUCACCUCUGUACAGUAACAUUUUCUAAUACUCAUCCUUGGUUUCACUGUUGAACAUAUUGUUUGCAAAGGAUCUUAAAACCCCUCCGUGCCAGAGUGAUUCUCAUCUGUGCCAUAUGUUGCAAUUAAAAUUAAAGUAACACACUGUUAGACAUCAAAAUGAAAGAAGAGCGAUCUUAACUCUAGGACCUUGUACUGCAAAUCGGUCAUGGGGGAUCUUUUCCUCCAAAAUGAUAAUAUUGAGUUGUAACAGAUGAAAUCCCCUUCAUCUGUAAGUGUUGAUAUCAUUACAGCCCAUACAACUAAUGGAGUUGUUUUUCUUUGUAACACUCAUCAAAUAAUAUUUUCUUACAGAAAUCUUUUUGUCUUGACAUCUUUCAUUGUAAUAUUCAUUUCCUUUUACCGAAAAAAGAAAAUAACCCAACAUUCCAAAAUUUUAGAAAUGAUUCAGUUACUGCUAACUACUCACCUUUCAUUAUCAUUUUACUUUUGAGAAAGGAAAACAAGCAAGGCAACUGAAUAUACCUUGAAACCUAGUUGAAUAGUGGUGAUGUUAUUAUCAGAGUGUCUAUUUUGACUUUAAUAUUUCCUACAUGGUAGCUUAGAAAAGCAACAUUUUUAAGAAAAAUAUAAUGGCUAGAAAAUGACAUCUUGGCACUUAUUUCUGUAAAUCGUUUAGUAUAAUCUGUCAACUUUACUGUUUAUGUUUUGGUUCCAGGAAGCCCUGUUACAAGUUGCCUUAUCAGAUGGCCUGCUAAAUUAAAGAUGCUCUUUUGUGGUGUGAAUCUCAUAGUUCUAUUGUUAAUUUUAACUUCCAAAAAAUUAAUACAUUCCACAGAAUACCUCAGUUGCGUAAUUUUCCUCUAAUGGUAGGUAAGGGGCAAAUAAAAUUGUUCUCGGUUUCUUUAACAAAAUUACUAGGUACAUACAUUCCACGUUUGAUAAAUCUGUCUUUUGAGUUUUCCUUUAACUCUUUCAAAAGAUUGGGGGCAAUCUGUUUUUCUUCUCCAGCCCCACAUCAUACUUGUGUAUGUCUGUUGGUACCAUAAGUCUAAACUGUCCCUUGCUGCAAUGACUUUGGGUCAGUAGCAAUAGUAAAGACUGGAAAGAAAGUUCAAAAUUUUGUACAUGAUAUGAUUUUUUCAUAAAUGUCAUAGUAGCACUCUCCCAAACCACAUGUCCAUAACUCUGUAUUGUUUGAAGACUCAUGCAUACCAGUAUUAAGUAACUACUGGUUUUAAUCUCAUUUAUUUGUGGAUAUAUUUUGAGAAUUGCUACUCUUGUCUUGAAUUUCUUUUAGAAAGAGAUCAAUUGGCCAAAUUCCAGGACAUUUAACAUGCUAGAGUGUGGUUCAUCUUUUCCUAGGAUACACUGUACAAAAAUUCCUCCAGAAAUCCAACAUUUGCAACAUUCUGAAAUAUGAUUUUUCUUCUCAUUAAAUUCUGCAGAAUAAAUUAAGGAAAUGAAAUUUAACUUGAUAAUUCAGUUCAAUAGCUUUUAUAUCUUGAGAAUCGUUUCUCAGCACAUUCUUUAAAGCUGAAAGAUGCCAAGCUGAAUUUUGCAGUGCAUAUGUUUGGUAGCUUCCCACAUCCUGAGCCAUGUCAGAGUUGUUAUAUUUAGUUACAUAUAAUUUAAUUCAAAGAAAUUCCCAGUUUCCUAAUGUUCUGUAUAUCAGUGUGUACCAGAGACACUAAUAGGAAUGCCUUAUAGGCCUAUGGCCUAUCUUUCUGUACAACCAAUGUUUCUCUUCCCCUCUCUCAGCUAUUCAAUUAGAAAUUUCUUCUCCAUUGGCUUUCUUAAAUUCCUUAGUAAUUUAGAAAAGCAAUCUUUGUGUUGAUGUUGAGAUAUUUAUUAGCAUUUAUCUCAUUUCAUUUUUUUCAAAAUUUUUAUUCUUUCUUACUAUGUACAGAUAUUUAUUGUUCUCCAACUCCUACUCCAUAUUCUUAAAAUAUUUUCCAGUUAAUAACCAGUGGCUUCAUUUCCUAGCUUAAGUGAGAAAACCAAGACAAUAUACAAAUUAGGGCACAAGAGAUAAGAGAUUCUUAAAGGAGUUGGUCAGUCACCUAUAGUGAGAAUCACUUACAUAACUAAUGUAAGUUAUUGAGCUUUCUUUUAUUUUAGCUAAAAUCAAUCUACCUAUUAUUUUGCCAGUAAGGUGGUUGUCUGAUUUUAGGACAAACCUUUUAAAAAAUUAAGUACCUUGCUUGUUUUAUCUCUCUGGGAAAGAACAUUUCUAAUUGCUUAGCAAGAUGAUUACUAUUGUAUAAUUUAAACUUAAAAAA